AGCAGCAGCCCCACUUCCUAAACACAGCACGGGGUGUGGGGGGGCUGCGCGGGUGUGUAGAGGAGCUGUGGAUGAUCUCAGACUGAGGAGAAGAAAAAACUACAAUGGUGAUUUGGGAUGAGCUGGAGCUUCACAGUGUGAAGGAAAAGCAGAAAUUAUUGUUCAGGACCUCCAGAAACGCCUUCAAGACGCUGAGGAAACUAUUCCAGAUAAACACAGCAGCAGUCAUCAUGGUCCGCCUGACUAUGGAUCUGAUUGCCAAAUCUAGCAGCCACAUGAAAAACAGAAAAAACUGCUCCCUUCCACAGUAUCUGAAGAAAUUAACACACCUCAACUUUUCAAACAAGAACAUAGAUGAUAUUGAUGAUCUGUCCAUGUGCAGGAACCUUACAGUUCUCUACCUGUAUGACAAUCAAAUAACACAAAUAUGCAAUCUGAGUUUCGCCGCCAAUCUUACACACCUAUACCUGCAGAACAACCAAAUCACCCACAUAGAGAAUUUAUCAUGCCUGCAGAGUCUUUCUAAAUUGUUUCUGGGGGGCAACAGCAUCACUGUGGUUGAGGGUUUGGAGCAACUGAAGGAACUGAGGGAGCUGCACAUAGAGAGCCAGAGACUACCUCCUGGAGAAAAGCUGAUUUUUGACCCCUGCACCAUCCUCGCUCUCUCUGGCUCGUUAAGUGUUUUGAAUAUUAAUAACAACAACAUUGAUGAGAUACACGACCUGGCAGUUCUUAACAAUCUGACCCACUUAUAUGCUGCUGACAACCAGCUACAGGACAUGCAGGAGCUGGAGCUGGUUUUCUCUCAGUGGCCUCAACUGAAUCGAAUGGAUUUGCGUGGAAAUCCUGUUUGUCACAAACCCAAAUACAGAGACAGACUAAUAACCAUUUGCAGGAAGCUAGAGGACCUUGAUGGUAAAGAGAUAAAUGAGCUAUCGAGACAGUUUCUAAUCAACUGGAAAGCCUCAAAAGAAGCCAAGAGGAAAGCACUAAGCGAAAGAAUCAUGACAAGAGAAAUCACAUAUCCGCUGUCUGCUGACUUUCACUUGGGCCCCCAGCAUCCCUCAGCCCAGAACCGUGCUGGCUUUCUCGGUAAGAGGAAGCCACUGGAGUUUGGGAGACCCAGCAUAAAAAUGAGGUCAGGCCCAGUGUGGACAGACUGUAUAGGAGUAAGCAUGUCAAGAAGAGAGAAGAUUCCAGCCAGUGCACCACUUGCUACAGAAUUGCAAGAGUCUUCGAGAAUUUAGAGUGGCUACAGAAUGGCUCUGUAAGUGUCCUCUCAGUGUGCCUGUGUGUGCGGACCUCAUGAAGGCAACUGCUCUGGCCCACACACACAUAAACGCACACACAUUUCACCACGAGUGCAUCUGGAACUGAUCUGAGCGCUCUCAGUUAGAUGGAGUUCAUAGUUGCGGUCUGCUACUGUCAUUAUGUCACUGUGUUUCUGUAAAUGUAGAUGUUUCAGAUCUGUUUCAUGCUGACAGCACCCACGGUCAGUCUUAUGAUGUUCCAUGCACUCAUAUACUGCCUGUAUGAUAUCUUAUGAGACUAUUUGAUCAAAUGAUGAUUCUCAGACUUUCCUGCAUUUCAUCAGAUCAAUAAUGUUUUCCACCAUGGGUGUGUAUGUUUAAAGUCUUUUUGUAUUUACUGUAUGGGAUAAUAAAACUGAUUCUUCACACUAAA